UGUGCCAGAAGACGCCCAAGACGCCGCGGCGCAGAUGGUCUCCAGGAGUGGAGUGCACCAGCUGGGCGUAAGCUGGUCGUAACUCUACGUCCGACGUAGAACCGAAGGUUAAGACCAAACUAAAGUUAUGACUAGUGCACCACUUAGACUUAAGCCCUGUGUGCGUUGCGCCCGGGCGUAACUUUUACGCCUAGUAUGGAGCAGGCGUAAAUCAGAAAGACAGACUAGUAUCCAUAGUAACGUAAAACAGGCAAGAAGGAUAUUAAUGAUGGCAGGGCGUCUUGUUUACAGGUUUAACAAUGAAAGGGCAUUAAGAAGAGAAAGAGUCGUCCGUGAUCGAACAAACCCACUGGACAUCUAUUCAGACAGUGAACUGAUAGAGAGGUUUCGUUUCGGCAGACAAGCCCUUUUUGAUUUAAUCGAGGAGAUCUCCCCUCAACUCCAGCACGGAUCAGACCGAAACGCUGCGCUCUCCCCAACCUUGCAGGUGCUGAUAGCGCUCAGAUUCUACGCGAACGGGGCCUUUCAAAAUACUGUGGGAGACAUGAUUAAUGUUCAUCGCACAACUGCAUGUCGGGCUAUAAGACAAGUUUCAUUGGCCCUCCAGCGCCGCCUUAGGAACUAUAUUCACCUACCCACACAAGAAGAAUCAGCGAAAUGCAGGCAAGAUUUUUUGUUAAAAUCAGGUAUAGCCUACCUGGUAUUGUCGGAUGCAUCGACGGUACUCAUGUUCGCAUUCAGGCCCCCUCUGAACAUGAGUAUUUGUAUGUUAACAGAAAGGGUUACCAUUCUAUAAAUGUUCAAAUUGUGUGCAACUCGGACAUGGGCAUUGUCGACCUCGUUGCAAGAUGGCCUGGGUCGACCCAUGAUGCUCGCAUCCUGAGAGAGAGCGCCCUUCAACGGGAAUUUGAGGCAGGGAGAGUGAAUGGUCUUCUUCUCGGAGACAGUGGAUACCCUCUGAAGCGCUGGCUAAUGACACCUGUCAUCGCAGAGAGAACUGCACAAGAGCGCCGUUAUAACGAGAAGCAUACACAAACGAGGAACAUUGUAGAGCGCUGCAUUGGAGUGCUCAAACGUAGGUUUCACUGCCUCCACAGUGAAAUGCGAAUGCACCCUGAGCGCGUCUGCGUGAUCAUUGCUGCCACUGCGGUGCUGCACAACAUCUGUGUGAAAAAGAGAAUCCCCCUUCCGAUGCAAGGAGACUUGGUACUGGAGGCGGAUGAGAACCCUGUGGCUCCUGCUGGCAUCCGUGAAGAUAUCGGUGGACGACUUACCCGCAAUCAUAUAAUAAACAACCUAUAGACCUAUAUAUUUGUAAUAUGAACGCUGUUUUUUUGCAAUUGCAUUUCAAUAAGCUCCCAUUGUGACCACAUAUUUUCAUUAGGUCUAUUUUAUUCAAAGAACACACACAAGAACAUUAAAUAACAACAUUUUGGAGAACUGUUAACAUGAAAUUGAGAUAAAAAAACAAGUACAACAGAUAUGAUUACAGAAUGGUGA